AUGCCGCCAAAGCGCAGAGCUCGUACUAAGGCGCCGCCUACUAAACGUCCGUCAAAGCUCGCGAAAGAGAACGGGCUCAGUGCAGAGCAGGAGGCCGAAAUACGCGAGGCAUUUGGUCUUUUUGCUGUAUCUCACCCUGACUAUGAAGAAGCUGAGGAGGGAGUGUUGAAGAAGAGCGAUGUGCGCCGGUGUCUGAUCUCGCUGAACCUCACCCCCGAGAAGUCGCAAAUGUCGUCUAUCCUAUCUACUAUCGAUCCCCUCGACACUGGGUUUGUAGAGUUCGUGCCCUUCCUCUCCUACGCUGCCAUCGCAAUUCAUACAAAGGAACACGGAUCGGAUGAGGAUGAGGAUGAAGGUGGAUAUCAGGGAGAAAGCAAUGCAGAGGAGGUUAACGCGGCCUAUCAGCUCUUUACCCAUGGUGCCGCAGGGCCUAUUACUCUGGCGCAUCUAAGAAGAGUAGCAAAGGAGCUGCGAGAGGACGUGCCAGACGACGUCUUGAGAGAUAUGAUCCUCGAGGCGAAUGGCGGUGUCAAGGGUACAGGGAAGGAUGUCGGAGGGGUGAACUUGGAAGACUUUGAGAGUGUAAUGAAGAGGGCCGGGCUGUCCUUUGGGUGAAAACAGGAGACGCAAAAGGGAGGACCUGUCACCAACCGCCGUGCAACGGACGCGGGAAUCAUUCGCACUAUUGGUGUGGGACUUUGCAGCAUGCGAGACUAUCAGCACAUGCUGCGUCGCUGUGCAUGCUCCAUGCCACUCCGGACACACCUUGACCGAACUUGAGCAACCGUCUGGCAGAUGCUUGCUUGGUACAAUGAAUGCCAAUGAGAGAACCAGGCAUGGGUGAAGUAGCAGCAA